ACAUCCUUCAAGCUGGCGACCUCACAGCAAGCUCGGGACCACUCGAGUCACCGACAUGAUCACGACGAGAAAGACCACGACCACAGCCAUAGCCACAGCCUCUUCGGCCACCACCACCACCACCAUGGCGCCGAUCCCUUCCUCACCAGCAAGGACAAGACCGAUCCCGGCGUCAGGAUAACGCGCGUGGGGCUCUUCGUGAACCUGGGCAUGGUCAUCACCAAGGGGUUCGGCGGAUGGAUAUUCAAUUCCCAAGCUCUGGUUUGUUCCGUACCCGUUUCCCGCGCGUCUCCAAGUGGUCGUCGCUGACGUCGGUGAAGAUUGCGGAUGCGUUCCAUGCGUUGACGGACAUGGUUUCGGACAUCAUGACGCUGGCGACGGUUUCCUUCGCGCUCAAGGCGCCCACGGACCGCUUCCCCAACGGCUACGGCAAGAUUGAAUCCCUGGGCUCGCUGGGCGUGUCCUCCCUGUUACUCCUCGGCGGCAUGGCGAUGGGCUACAGCUCUCUACUUCACCUCCUCGGCGACUUCGCGCCCGCGCUCGCACACUACCUCCCGCACGUACACGCGCACGAGCACUCCCACGAGAUCCCGUCCAUCAACGCCGCCUGGCUGGCGCUGGCUUCGAUCGGUGCUAAGGAAUGGCUCUACCGAAAGACGAUGAAGAUCGCAAAGAUGAAGAAGUCCUCGGUGCUGGCGUCGAACGCCGUGCAUCACCGCGUCGACUCCCUCACCGCCAUCGUGGCCCUGGUCGCGAUCGCGGGCUCGAACGUGUUUCCGAGUGCGUCGUGGAUGGAUCCGGUCGGCGGUCUGCUCGUUGCGGCGAUGGUGGUGCAGGCUGGCGCGGGGAAUACCCGGGCUGCGCUGGAGGAGCUGGCGGAUGCGGGUGUCGAGCGCGAGGUCAAGGAUGAGGUUGCGAAGAAGGUCGGUGAGACGGGGGAAGAGCUGGUGACGGUCGACGGCAUCAAGAGCGGGCAGAAUUACCUAUUGACGAUAACGGUGGCGGUCGACCAAGGCCGGACAAUCGGGGAGCUGGCGGAGGUUGAGGACAGGGUUCGUGCCAGUGUUGCGGAUGUGGCGGGGAUGUGGAGGGUGCAGGUGCGCUUCGUUGGCAAGGGCGCAGCCGCGGCCAGCGAGUUCGUGAAGCUGGACAAGAAGGACAAGUAGAUUAUACCGUAGACAUAGAUCGCGACGCGGGAUGGGAUAGGUGUGUAUGAUACGUGUGGCUUUUGUAUC